CUAUCAUAAUAUCACAUCAAAUACUUUGGUAAUUCUGGAAGCCAUGGCAGCACAUGGUGUUAAAACUCUUAUUUACUCAAGUACAUGUGCAACUUAUGGGGAACUAGAAAAAAUGCCUAUUACAGAAGUAACUCCUCAGCAUCCUAUCAACCCAUAUGGGAAGGCCAAAAAGAUAGCGGAGGAUAUUAUUUUGGACUUCACAAAGAGAUCAGACAUGGCAGUCAUGAUCUUAAGAUAUUUCAAUGUUAUUGGAUCAGAUCCUGAAGGAAGGUUAGGUGAAAGAACAGUGAAUGUUAAAUUUGCAUUUGGCAAACCUCAUUGA